UAAGGAAAAUUUAUUUGACAAUCAAGACUACAUUGAAAUGGCUGACAAACUCGAGCACCGGCCUAACUAUCGUUUUAUUUAUGCUAAAUAUCGAUGCGGUAGCAAUUGGUUACUAUAUAUUGUCCAAUUGAUAUUGUCUGGGGCAACAAACACCCGUCCUGUUAACGAUAUUGAUUAUAUAAUGGAAAUAAAUGGCCGCCAAGUACUGGGGGCUACACAUAGAAAAAUGUUAGGACGACAGUCCGUACGGAUCGAUAAUACCAGUGCUUCAGACAACACUAGUAAUAAUAAUAGUAAUAAUAAUAUGACUAAAGAGGAGGAAGUGGUAGUAUUUAAACGUUUUCAAUCUAUCGACACAUUGACAACGGAUUCAAAGGCCCGAUAUCUACUGUUAAUGCGUAAUCCAAAAGAUGUAUUAAUUGCUUAUUAUGUUUUAAAAUUGAAAACAUUGAAACUAAGACACCCGGAGCUCAAUAUUGCCGAAACCGAUGACUAUAAACUGUUUGGUCGAUUGCUUGACUAUUGGCUAUCGGAUGAAUUUGAACGAAAAUGGGGUUAUUUUGCUUACUAUAGACAUUAUUGGCAGUACAGGCAUCUAAUGAUUCCUAACUUUUAUGUCCUAACCUACGAAACUAUGAAACGCCAGCCGCGGACAGCCAUCGAAACGAUAGCCAAAUUUUUGGGCCAUACUUAUCAUAAACAACUGAAUCAAGUGUUGAAUACUAUGACCGGUGAGACACUAUUGGAUCGUAUUGAACGACUGUCUACUAUAAACAUAAUGAAACCGAUAUUUGAUAGACAAGACAAUAGAAAAGUAAGGAAAGGUAUGAUCGGUGACUGGAGAACAUACCUGACUAGAGAACAGAGCGAUGCUAUUGACCGUAGAAUAGCCAGAGAAUGGUCGGGAACGGGACUCGAGUUUUUAUGGGAACAGGAGAUGAAAUGGAUAGACAAAUAA